AUUUAGUUAACGACAAAAUUUAUGACUUGAACAAAGUUGAAAUUUUAUUCACAAUUUCAUUAUCUCAUUCUUAUUGAAAUAUUCAUUCUUCAAUGAUUAUCAUAAUAAAAUAAUAAAAAGACAAUACAAUCACAACACUUAAACAAUGAUUUAUAUUCCUGGAUUAAUUGCAAUCAUUGUAUUCUAUCUAUUAAUAUUAUUUGUUGGAUUAUGGGCUGCACGUGAAGGAAAAACUAAUGAUUCUUCUGGAACUGAUACAGAAGAAGUAAUGUUAGCUGGUAGAAAUAUUGGUUUAUUAGUUGGUAUAUUUACAAUGACAGCUACAUGGGUAGGUGGCGGCUACAUAAAUGGAACGGCUGAGAACACUUAUAAUCCAACUCAAGGUCUUGUUUGGUGUCAAGCUCCAGUUGGAUAUGCGCUAAGUUUAGUAGUGGGUGGUUUAUUCUUCGCUAAUCGAAUGCGUACAUGGGUUAUGUUACAAUGCUUGAUCCAUUUCAAAAUAAAUAUGGUGAGCGCAUGUGCGGUCUGCUUUUUAUUCCAGCAUUACUUGGUGAAGUAUUCUGGACAGCAGCUAUUCUAUCUGCACUCGGAGCUACAUUAGGUGUGAUAGUGGAUUUAGAUCAGAAAACUUCAAUCAUUCUAUCAGCAUGUAUUGCGUUGGUUUAUACAUUAUUUGGUGGAUUAUAUUCCGUUGCAUAUACAGAUGUUGUACAGUUAUUCUGUAUAUUCCUUGGCUUGUGGAUUUCUAUACCGUUCGCUAUGGUUAAUGAAGCAACAGUGCCAAUUACACAAACAUGGGAUAAAUGGAAAGGUAGUCUUGAUCCAAUGGAUAGCUUCUUUUAUGUGGACAACUUAUUGAUGUUAAUUUUUGGUGGUAUACCUUGGCAAGUUUAUUUUCAGCGUGUACUAUCUUCAAAAACUGCAAAUCAGGCACGUAUUUUAAGCUUUGUAGCUUCAGUCGGAUGUUUCGCUAUGGCAAUUCCUUCAGUUUUAAUUGGAGCUGUUGGAGCAAGUACAAAUUGGACAAUGACAAAUUAUAAUACAACUUCAGAAUUACCGGGUACACCAGAAGAAAUGAAAUUAAUUCUACCAUUAGUAUUACGUUAUCUAUGUCCGCCAUGGAUAUCAUUUGUUGGUUUGGGUGCAGUAUCAGCUGCUGUCAUGUCUUCGGCAGAUUCAUCAGUUCUAUCCGCUGCAUCAAUGUUUGCUAGAAAUGUUGUCAAAGCGAUAUUUUGGCAAAAAGCUAGUGAAAGACAAGUUUUAUGGAUAAUGCGUGCAAGUAUAUUUGUUAUUGGAGCAUUUGCAUGCUGGUUAGGUAUUAGUAUUCAAUCAAUUUAUGGUUUAUGGUAUUUAUGCUCAGACCUUGUCUAUGUUAUUUUGUUUCCACAACUGAUUUGUGUUCUAUAUGUUAGAUUUUCAAAUACUUACGGUUCGUUAUGCAGUUAUUUGAUUGGUUUAUUUGUCCGAUUAACUAGUGGAGAAAGUGUAUUAAGAUUGAGACCAUUAAUUGCUUAUCCUUAUUUUGUUGAUGAUCCAACUGACUUUUAUCAACGAUUCCCAUGUAAAACAUUUGCUAUGCUAAUCAGUUUUAUAGUUAGUGUCUGUAUUUCCUAUAUCACAGAUAUUUAUUUUCGAGCUGAUUCAAAACGUCUGAAAUAUGAUUUAUUUCAUUGUUAUAAAGAACGUCAAUCCAUGACAGGUUCAAUACGUAUUGGGAAUCGUUUUAAUCGACCAUCAAUUAGAACUACACGAUUACCGCGUAAAGGUGAAAAAUUAGAAGUUAUUAAUGAUGAUAAUAUACAAGAAUUAGAAACAAUGCAAAUAGUAACAAGCGCCAUAACUGUAACUACAACUACUGUAUCUAAUUCAAACAAUCUAAACCCAUAUAAACCAGUGGAAAUAGUUUCAAUGAAUAAAUCAAUACCAAAGAAUAUCAAUGAUAGUCUUGAUUUAAAGUAAUUCACUCACUAUAAUAUUAGCAAGGAGUUUUCAAAAGAAUUACCACCAAAACCAUCAAAAGAACAAAAUCAUUUCUCUUUGCAUACAUUUAAACAAAUAGCUUACAAUAAAAGAAAAUAAUAAUAAUUCUAUUUGUUUUGUUUUUUCUUUCAAAUGUAUUCCAAUCUGUUUAUUUAACAUUUAAUUUUAGCCUUUUUAUUUUGAUU